UCAGCUAUUGACUCGGAGGAUUCGCGCGUGUUCUCUGACAUUUAAACGGGGAACUCUUGCAUUCUGACUUUAGAGGUGAGACUUCUAAACACACCCUUUUCUUCCUGGAGUCAUCCUUAGACUGAAGACGAUUCUGAGACAACUCAACUCCAUGGAUGUCUCGGAGCCAACGCGCACUUGUGACCUAUGUAAGAAGGAUGUUGCUGAGGUCAACUUCUCUCUACACGAGGCACACUGCCGUCGAUUCCUCUGUCUGUGUCCUGACUGUGAGGAACCAGUUCCCAAAGAGCAACUGGCACUACACAGAGAGGAGGAGCAUGCCAUGGUGAAGUGCUCUAAGUGUAACAAGAAGAUGGAAAAGCGCCUCCUGGACGACCAUGAGGUGGAGGAGUGUGUGGAGCGGAUGCAGGAAUGCGAGUUCUGCCAGAUGGAGCUUCCAUUCAAGGACCUUCAUGAACACACCGUGGCGUGCGGGAGUCGCACCGAGCUGUGUAUUGACUGUGGCCGCUAUGUCAAGCUGAAGGACCAGCAGACCCAUGAUCAGACCUGCUCCGGGUCAUCUGACACCAGCGCACCUCCGAAAACCGAGACUGUCAUGGUAAACUGCAGCCAGUGCUCUCAGGCCAUCGCCGCUGAUGAUCUGGACCAGCAUGAGCUGGAGUGUCUUCCAGACUCCCAAAUCAAACAGGAGGAACACUCCAGAAGUUCAGCCGCUCCUCAGGUUGGAGUCAAUGAGAUUUCCCAUCGACUGUCAGACAGAGGUGCAAACCUUCCACACUGUAACGGGGAAGACCCCACCGCCCUCCGCUGCUGCCCCCACUGUCAUCUCCUGCUGCCCUUGUUCACGCUUCAGUGGCACGAGGUGAAAUGCAGAAGACAUGUGUGGAACAUUAAUAAAUUUUGAGAUCUCAACACAAGCAAGGCAAGAAUCAUGUUUGGAAUUAGGUUUGAAUCCGUCAGGCAGCAAUGUCAUGAAGCUCUAAAUAAAGAUCUUUGAGUGCAGUUGGCACCCAUGUUGUUAGUAACACAUUAUAUUUCAACAGUAAUAGUAGCUUGCAGUAGUGCUACAGAAGCUUUAGCAGCAGUUCGUAUGAGGCGUUGAUGAUUCCCCAGGAUAGGAGCGACCGGUGGUAGUUGAGGUGUGCGCCUCGGUAGAACUUGGCCAGACUGCUGCCUCUCUCUAUCCACACGGCGAGCAUCAGCUCUCGACAGGACCGGAACGCUCCUCCCACCUGAGACUGAGCGCGGGACUUGAUGACGUUCAAAGGGUAGUACAAGACUCCAAGCGAGGCCCCCAGAACCCCUCCAGAGAUGAAGUCGUUGACCAGGUGACCUGCAUGACUUGUCGCUUCUGGGAGCUGCUCUUUAAUGGGACCACGGAGGCCAAAGUAAAGGACAUUGCAUGGACCGUUGCGGAGCAGAACAGGAACCAGGCCACGAUAAAGCUCCCUGAUCCCGAACUCUGACACGAGCGACCUGAAGGUGUGAGAGGUGUUCCUGAAUCGUCCGUAGUGUUGAUGGUCUUGCAGGAGAGUCUGCACGCGCUCAAAUGGCGUCAAAGUGGCCUCCACAGUUCCAGCCAAUACUGCGGCGAUACUCCGGGUCAGCACCUCUGGGAAUCGGCUGCCUUUUGUCCGCUCUAGCAAGACCUGAGAAAAGUCCUCAUAGAGCCCGAACAUCAAGGCCACGCUGGUGCUCUUCUGGAGCAGAGGAGGCAACAACCCUCGGUACAGAUUCCUCCAGCCGUCCAUCUGAAGCUGACGGACCGCGGUGCGCACCAACACACCAUGCAGCUGCUGGCGGAACAGGACCUUGUUGAUGGGAAAGGUCAGCGCAAUGUUGGUGAAAGCGGCAAUUGAACCGCAGAUGUAGUGGUUUUUGCGAGGACGUAAUUGUGUCUCGCCAGACGACAGAGUCAGAACUUGCUGCGGGUGAGUUGUCCAGACUGACUCAGCCUCAGUCAUGGAGGUGUCAGGGCGCCCCCCAGAAACAUAGAUCCGCCCUGCAAAGUCAAGGGAAGUAUGGUUUGAAACAUUCAGUUUGGAACAAGAUUACAAGACAAUGUUUAAUUUAAUUGUCAAAGAAAAACAACUUGUGGGCUUGAGGAGGAGGCACCUUAGACGUCCAUGAACCAUCCUUGAAAAUAUUGAUACAUUUAGGAGAGAACGAAAGCCAGACUAGUUGGGAACUUCCUCUGCACUUAUCCUGCAGUCUUCUCUCGGAGGAGUUGAUGUUGGCGUCUGUUGCCGACACCUGCAUCCAUUUCUCACCAAGGUGGGUGUAAUGUUAUUGUAUCACCACAAGAUGGUGUGGACGGUGGUGACCUUAGUUUGGUCAAUGUCACAUCCAUUUAUGUGCAGGUUGGGUUCUCAGAGGGUACGUGAUAUCAGCAAGGUAUGGAUAAUAAUGAGAAUUCUAAAAGAGCAAAAAAAGAUCAUACAAUUGUAGGCAUGUGCCACACAUAAAAAUGUUGAAUUACAAUGCAAUUCUGAGGAAAAGGUUUAGGAACAAGGUCUCAUGUGAAUGAUUUCACAUUGUGGGACAUCAACUCUGACUCACCUGCCAUGCUUCUGAAGUGCUCCUCUGACUCUCAACAGACGACUCCACAUGGCCACACUUCCCAGUGUCUCCUGCCUAUAAUGUUGCUGUGGGG